AUGGCAGAUGAAUCACCCGCUAGACCCCCUCUGAGCCAGGGCUUUGGCUAUGGCAUUCUCAUUGGACUUGGCCUUGCCUUUGCUGGGUUCAUGAUUGGCACGACUUGGGCUCUCAAGCGUUAUCGAAGCGAGCUCCAGACCUCCGAAGUCUUCAACACUGCAGGCCGCACUGUCAAGAGCGGCCUUGUUGCCUCAGCAGUCGUCUCCUCCUGGACCUGGGCAGCUACUCUGCUUCAAUCUAGCUCGGUCGCCUACCGUUAUGGCAUCAGCGGCCCAUUCUGGUAUGCGUCUGGUGCGACCGUCCAAAUCAUUCUUUUUGCGACCCUCGCCAUCGAGCUGAAGCGAAGGGCGCCAAAUGCUCAUACUUAUCUCGAGGCGGUCCGUGCGCGAUUUGGGAGAGCCGCCCAUCUGGUGUUCUUGACCUUUGGCCUCAUGACUAACAUCCUGGUCACCGCUAUGCUCGUUGUCGGAGGUUCAGCUGUGACCGAAUCAAUCUCCGGUGUUCCAACAGAAGCAGGAUGCUUCCUUAUUCCUCUAGGAGUUGUGCUCUACACCAUCUUUGGUGGCUUGAAGGCGACCUUGAUCUCAGACUAUACUCACGGUCUCGUCGUUCUGAUCAUCAUCUUCCUCUUCGCCUUCAGUGCGUAUGCGACAAACGCAAACCUGGGUUCGCCGGGCGCUGUCUGGGACGCACUCGUAGCAGCCUCUGAGCGUCAUCCGGUAGAUGGUAACAGAGGAGGCAGCUAUCUCACCAUGCAAAGUCGUGAGGGAGCUGUAUUCUUCGUGAUCAACAUUGUUGGCAAUUUUGGUACUGUGUUCCUCGACAACGGCUAUUACAAUAAAGCUAUCGCAGCUUCGCCUGUUGAUGCAUUGCCAGGUUACAUCAUGGGUGGUCUCUCCUGGUUCGCUAUCCCUUGGCUCUGUGCCACGACAAUGGGCAUCAGUGCGCUUGCCCUGGAGAACAACCCAGUCUUCCCGACCUAUCCACAGCGCAUUCCCGAGGCCGAUGUCACUGCAGGUCUCGUGCUUCCGUAUGCUGCACGCGGCCUUCUCGGCACCGGAGGAGCACUUGCUUCCUUCUUCUUGGUAUUCUUCGCUGUCACAUCCGCCUAUUCCAGCGAACUCAUUGCAGUAUCCUCAAUUUUCACCUACGACAUCUACCAGACCUACAUGAAUCCCAAGGCUUCCGGUACAUUGCUCAUUCGAAUGUCCCACGCUGCGUGUAUUGGAUAUGCGUUGUUCAUGAGCGCUUUCGGUGUCGGUCUGUACUAUGCCGGUAUAGGUAUGGGCUACCUCUAUCUCAUGAUGGGCUGCAUCAUCUCAAGCGCCGUUAUCCCAGCCACGCUCACCCUACUCUGGAAAGACAUGAAUUGGAUCGCGGCCGCAGGGAGCCCAGUGCUAGGCUUGGCCUGCUCGCUGACAGCCUGGCUCGUCACUUCCAGCAGAGACUGUGGUGAUCUGAGUGUCGCUUGCACCGGGUCCAAUUAUCCUAUGUUGGCGGGCAACGUCACAGCGCUUCUGAGCCCACUAGUCUUCGUGCCGGUUUUGACCUACGGCUUCGGCCGCCAGAACUACGAUUGGGAGUCCAUGAAGCUGAUUAGCAGGGGCGAUGACUCCGCGCUCAUUCGUCGAGCGAGCCUAGAGCCCGAAACUGUCCACGAGUAUCGGGACUACACAAACGAUGAACAGGAGCAGAAGCACUUGAUGAGGGCUGCCAAGAUCGCCAGAUGGAUGACGGUGGCAAUGACUCUGUGCUUUCUCAUCCUCUGGCCCAUGCCACUAUAUGGCUCGGGUUACAUCUUCAGCAAGAGCUUCUUUACGGGAUGGGUUGUUGUGGGAAUUAUCUGGCUGUUCUUCAGCACGUUCUGUGUUGGAAUCUAUCCGCUCUGGGAAAGUCGAAGCACCAUCGCACACGUUACGAGGGCGAUCAUGGGCGAUCUCACAGGUAAACCUAUCGUGCACGGCAAAUCGAGCACCGUCGAAGUAACGGAAGGUCACUCUUCUUCCACGGACAAAGAGGCUGCUACCAAGACCACCAAAAACAAUGAAGCGAAAAUAGAGCCGUAA